AAAAUUGUAAUCCCCGGUCCAAGUGCAUAUAUUUUGUAUAAAACUCAGCGAGGAUGGACGAAGCCAACAAGGAAGAUGUGAAGCGAGCCUCUCUGUCCAACAGCACGGUGACGAUAAGGCCACGACUCAUCUACGGACUGCGGUCGGAUGUCAUUGGCAACAUCCACUUUAACCUGACCAAGGAGGUCAUUUAUCCGGUAGAGGGAGUCCUAGCGUUCCACGACUACGUCCAAAACAAGCAGAGGUUUCUCAGGCUGCCGGAAGAUACGCGACCCGAGGUGAUAUCCAUAAGUUCGCAUCGCAAACUGCUGGCGGUGGUGGAAAGGCACUCCAAAAAUGGUCGGUAUAUAUCCAUUUAUGAGUUGGCCACUCUGAAGAAGAGACGCCACUUGGAGCUGCCGAGCAACCAUCGCAAUGCUGAGAUCCAGCAGAUGAUCUUCACCAAUGACUCCAGAUCGGUGGCCCUGAUCACCCGCCCGCCGGAGGAAACCCUUAUUAUGUUGGUGCUGGACAAGACCAGUACAGUGAUCGAGGGCAGGGCCACGAUCCCAGGAUCUCAUGGCGGCGCCGAGUGCAUCGCUGGCAAUCCAAACGAUUGCAAUUUUAUGGCGGUCGGAGGCGAGCGCACGUUGUUGCUGAUGAGUAAAUCGGAGCGAGGAUUUAGUAUCAGCAAUAAUUUGAAGGUGAAGUAUAGGGUCACCUCGAUGGCUUUUCUAUCGCUGGACCUGCUGAUGAUUGGUACAUCGGAUGAUCAGUUGAUCUUGGUGGAGAACGGCGAGCAGAAGUUGGCUCAAAAGGCGAGCGAUGCGGACACAGUGGACUUGAUGAUCGAUCAAGAGGUGUUCGAUCGGGACAAGGAGUUGCAGGAACAGCGUUUCCUGCCCACGCAGGCUGUUAGUCUUCCUGACAGGAGAGUCCUCUGCAUGACCGCCUUCCCCAAGGGAUUCGCCUACAUCAUCUUCAAUCGGGCCUUCGUCUUCGAGCGCGUUUCCAAGUUCAAGUUCGAGAGAAAAACCAUCCUUACGGUGCCCACGAAUCUGUAUGCGGAACAUAUGUACCAGAUUCUUAAUCUGGCCAUCGACCACAAACAGGAAACGGUGAUAGUGACCACAUCCCAUUGCCAGAUUUACGUGGGCAUUCUCAUUGUUCCCGAGACCCUGAAGACCAAGCAGCUGAAGUUCGAACCGCUGGGAGUCCUCAUCCACACUGGAGAAAUCAUCGCCAUGUCUGUGUGCGCCUGGAAACCCAUCAUCAUGACUGCCUCUAGGGAUCAGACCAUCCGGAUCUGGAACUAUGAGACCGCCUUGGUGGAGCUGGUUCGCAAAUUCCAGGUGGAUGUUAACAUUGUGGAGCUCAGCUUAACGGGACAGAUGGCGGCCAUCGGCUUCUCGGAUCAGCUGCGUAUCACCCAGAUCUUCAUGGACGAUCUAAACAUUGUCAAGACGUACAACUUUCCGCACUGCAACGCGGUGAGGUAUUCCAAUUUUGGUCACAUGAUGGCCGCCGCCUAUGACAACAACAUAGCCAUUACCUCAGUGUACAAGCUGGAUGUUCUGAUCAAUCUGAAAGGCCACAAUGGCACUGUGCUUUCCGUGGCUUGGUCGAGGACGGAUAAGUUUCUGAUCUCGGGCGGAGCAGAGGGUGCCAUCUAUCUGUGGGACAUUGAGACGGGCGCCAGACUGCAGGAGAUCGUCCAGAAGGGCACUGAAUACGUGACCAUCUCCUGCAGCACCAACGAUCCGCUGACGAUCUACGCGGGAACCAGUAUCGGAACUAUCCGCGAGUUCCAGGACUCCACGCUGGUGAGGGAGAUAACCAUUCCAUCGAGGACCAAGGGAUCCGUAUCCGAUGUUUGCCUGGCCAGAUCGGACCUGAUUAUGUUCGUGGCUGAUCAUGAGGGUAACCUUUUCAAUAUGCAACUGCCGUUCCUGGAGGCCGGAGGAGGAACCUUCACCAAUUUUCGGUUCUUUGAUGGACCAGUCAACAAACUGCGCUUCUCCUACGAUGGCACUCUGCUCUUUGCGAUAUCCAGCAAGGGAACCCUGGCCAUUUGGGCCAUGGACAACAUCGAGGGCAAGGUGCCCUACAUGGAUCAGGAUCUAAUGCGCAGCCAGGAGGUGCUCAUACCGCGCAGUCAACUCAACGACAAAAUCGAGCAGAUUGCUAACCUGGAGUUGCGGUUGAAGCAGCAGGCGGAGGAGUUCCAGUACCAGUUGAGCCAGAACGAGAUCUUUGACGGCCAGCAGCUGCAGGAGGUGCACAGGAGCUACUGCUCGGCGCUGGAGGAGCUGAAGGAGUUGAACAACGAGAUCGAGGCCAGGCACACGGAGGAGAUGAAUCACAUUACGUUCCAAAUCAACUCGAUACGGGAGGAUCACCGUAUCCAGCUGGACACUCUGGCCACUCAGUACUCGGAAAGGAUGCUGAUAGAGUACCAGAAGUUCACCAAUCUGCGCGAGAAUAUGCUGGAGCUGCGCGAAAGCUACGAGGACAAGCUGAAGAACUCCACGGGCACGCUGCAGGAUACGGUGGAGGCCCUGGAGAACAACUAUAAGCAGCAGCUGAACGAGCGCAAGGAGCUCAUCCGCGACCUGAUGAAGGAGAUGCAGGAUAAGAAGGCCGAGUUCAUUGAGUACUGCCGCGAGGUGGAGCUGGAGAAUGAUCGCAACAUGGUCUCCACGCAAACGGAGUACGAGAACAAGUUGACCACUGAGCGAAAUGAAACCCAAAUGUGGCGAGGCAAGGCGGGAGUAUUGCAGAAGAAGUUCGAGUCGCAGAGCCGAGAGAUUGACAAUCUCCUGGAGGAAGUUGAGAUCCUAAAGGAGGAGCACCACAAGUCGCAGCGCAACAUCCAGAAACAGAUGCGGAACAUCGAGGAUCUACAGAAGGACAUUGCCGAUCGCGACUACGCCAUCAACGGUAAGGAAAAACGCAUUCAGGACCUGCUGCACAAGAACCAGGAGCUGGACAAGUACAAGCAGGUGCUGGGCCACAAGAUCGCCGAGCUCAAGGCGCAGAUUGAGCCGCGUGAGUUUCAGAUCAACGACAAGCGCAAGCACAUCAUCGAAAUGGAAGCGGAGCUGGAGGGUCUCAAUCAGAACAACGUGCAGUUGGAGCUGCAGUUAAAGGAGAUGCGGGAUAAAUACCUCAGUAAUGUGGCCGAACUUCGGACGGAGCGACAUCGGGCGAAGGCUUCUCGGGAGUGUCUGCACUCCAUCUGCUCGGACAUUUACUAUGUGGCCGGUGAGAUCAACUCGGCCGAGGCCCUCAAGAAGGCGGUGAAGGAACUGUUCCGCAAACACGCCUCCGACGACGAGCUAAAGCGAUUCGUCACUCUGGACGCGGAGGUCAGGGACGAGUUUAUGCGGCAGCGCAAGCAGAUCGAGAAUGUUCUGGACCGAUACAAGUCGGUGGCCGAGGACAAAUCCGUGCAGAAGAAGUACGACAAGCUGUUCAAGGAGAACGUGAUCCUGAUUGAGGAGAUCGAGAAGCUGAACGAGACCAAUAAGAUGCUGCGCAGCAAGGUGAAGGAGGACCUGCGUCGAUCAACAAAGACAAUACACAAGUAGACAGGCGAGUCUA